CUGAGAUGAAGCUGGGCAGCGCCAUCCCCUGGGCCUUGCUGCUCAGUACAGCCACACUGAUUUCAACAGGAUGGGGCUUGGACUAUCAUGCCUGUGGUGGCCGCCUCACAGAUGACUAUGGGACAAUCUUCACCUAUAAAGGGCCCAAAACUGAAUGUGUCUGGACUCUCCAGGUGGACCCGAAAUAUAAACUUCUUGUGUCGAUACCCACUCUCAACCUCACCUGUGGGAAGGAGUACGUGGAAAUCCUAGAGGGAGCCCCAGGAUCUAAGAGUUUGGGGAAAUUUUGUGAAGGUUUAAGUAUCCUCAAUCGCGGUUCUUCAGGCAUGACGGUCAAGUACAAGAGAGAUUCUGGCCACCCAGCCUCUCCCUAUGAGAUCAUUUUCCUUCGUGACUCACAAGGUUAGUGACCUUUGCCUCCUGCCUAAACGUGGACCAGCAUUGCUGAUGAGCGUGAUCUUCCACCAAGACCCCUCCAGAAUCCGUGACCACGAGGAGCGCCAUCUCCUGGCCACCUACCUAAUCGCAGCUGCUCGUCUGGUCCCUCCCACUCCAGAUUUCCCAGCCUUUCCUGUCUUCCCUGCUAGGGAACAUUUCUUCUUCUGAGCUUUAAAUACGUGCCAAUCUUAUGCUCGGAUCAUUUACUUAUUGCUGUCAUCUUUUGGAAUAAAGUCUCUUUAGCUG